GGUGCAAUCAACCCAUCCGAAAGGUUGGAAAACAGUGCGCUGGACUUACGAGUAAAUGGCACUCCAACCAGGUACCGCGCCAACGAGACUGGAUCUGUUGCGGCCUUUCCUCUCAUGAGUUGUUGCAAUCCGAUUCCUGUGCUUCAAGCUUGUCUACGAGUACCCUCUUUACAAACCGCGAGUACAGAGUGCGACUCAGAACAACCACCGCAAAGGCAGGAACUCGGCAAGGUCGCCUCCGAAGUUCUACCUCAAACGGCCACCGUCCAACCUACAUUACCAUACCUUCGACUGUUUGGGUCGGGAAUGAGUUGCUCCGAGAUAAUGACUACCAGCUCCGAUACGUCCGCAUUGUCCACUGUGCCGGAAGAGGAGGACAGCGGUCUAAACAAUUCCGGUCAUAGUUCUCCACCCUGUGUGUGCCGGCCCGAAACAUCCCUGUCGGCGAACAGUACGCCCACACUCAAGACAUCGACGUCUUUGCCAAAGAUUUCAUCAUACAAUCCAGAAGUGUCCCAACGUACUGGUCUGUGCAAUUCAUCUACUGACUCCGGUUCAGCCUGCCCUCGACCCAACCGCAAGGUAAAACGCCGUCGGAUUCCCCGGCCGCCACCACCUCCUCCGCCAUUGCCUCCUCCACCUCCGCCUCAUUUGAGUCGAUUUUCACCUAGACAGCAGUCUCCAAGUUCCAGUGGGCUUGAUGGUGACGAUACAUCUGAUGUGGAUCAGAACACAAUACGGCGUAUGCCCUGUAGGGAACAACCUAUGACUCAAGCGGGUGUUUCGUCCCCCGAGGUUGAACCAAUGCUGCACUCAAACAAUAUUGCCAUACAAAGUUCACACGCACCUACCUAUAAAGAAGCGCCCUCAAUUCCCACGACGAAAGAUCAUGCUCGAGUGGAUGACCAGGGUAUUGGUAUUCGACUGGAUCGCAGGUCUUCCGCUGGUGUGAGUGACGAGGCGACGUUCUCUUCGCGCUGCAGCUCAGCUUCAGACUUACUAAAGCCUGCUGCAUUUCACACUGUUGCACCUCGUUCAGACGCCGAUCUAUCCAGCACCGCAGUGUUACCUGCUCAUUGGAAUUCCACAACGGACUGCAUACCCGGUUACACUCCACAAGAACUGGCGGAUGCAGAGAGAGCCCUGUUGGCAGAACAACAAGAUAACUCAUCUAACCGAGGCUCCGAGCGCAAACUGUCUAUGGAUGAGGAACGUGCCUUUUCAAUGAAACCCCCUCCACCGAAACGCUCCCCAUUCACAAUGCUGACCAAGUUAUCUUUCUUGACUCCGUCAAGCAAUGCAGACGGCGUGGAGAUCCCCGGUUCGGGAAUCGAGGCCACCUCGGGCGGUGGUGGGGGUCGCAACCAUGAUUACGAUGGCGGAAGCAGUGCCGGAAGUGACCCGGAGCAUGGAGCAAUGGGAUGGACUUGUGGAAGCACCAGUAGCCGAGAAGGAGUUACGGGCAACGUGUGCAGUUCCGAUAAUUCGAGUACUCACCACGACGCCAACGAUCGGUCCUCGUUAAGUGGAGCGGAAGACGAUGCAAACACUCGUGCUGCCGCCGCCGAGGAUGAGGUGAUACACCUGACCGAGCUCCUGUCCAAACGAAGGGAAUCCGAAGCCAGACGUCAUUUGAUGCUGGCCGAACUUGAGGCGGACAUAGAACGUGAUCAUCGCUUGCAGGCUGCAGCAAACGCCAUGGCUUUGGCAGCAGUCAGUAAUCUCAGUCCCAGCAAGAAAGCAAGGAUCAAAAGUUGUGAUACACACUCGGCCAGAUGUGCCAAGCAUGCACAAAUCCACGGAGGUUCGAGACAGCCCAAUGCGAUACAAGGCCAAAAAUCAUCCUUCCCUGUGGGGAUACAAGAGGAAGACCUGCUAAUAUCUCUAACGAAAACUCAGUCUGGUUUGGGAUUCAGUCUGACCACAAAGCCACUAAAAUCCUUGCCGGGUUCUGGACUGAACAAUGUGGACGUGAUGACAAUUUGUGUGAAAAACAUCCUUCCCGGGGGAGCCGCUUUGAAGGAUGGUCAACUCCGCCUAGGGGACCGCAUUUUGAGGGUUGAUGACCAAGACGUCAUGGGGAAAACCCAAGCUCAAAUUGUUUCCAUGCUCCGUGUGAAGCCAGUUGGCAGUGUGGUAAAACUGUUGGUUCGCCGUCAACUUCCUUGCUCGCUAACUGUACCACGGCAUCUUAUACUCAGCUCAAGGCAAUGCCCCGGCUGUCUGACUCACAAAUCCGCGGAUGCGUCCGUCAAACCGUGUCCCGACAAUUGUUUGUACAAACGAUGGACACCGGAAAUGUACAGACACUUUCGAUCACACAGACAUUCGGAGGCUCCUGUGAAUCGGAUUCUUCCCUGCUUUCCAGUGUUUCAUUCGGCCUCCAACACAACUACCUCUCUUCCACCGGUUGGAAACCACACAAACCUACCUCCUGACGGUCGCCCGACGGAACGUCCCACCUAUCGAUGCGCCUCGCCAACUCUUCCCGAACGAUCCUCCUAUUGGAUAAACGAGUUUCCGUCCAUAGUGACAGUUUCAAACUAUCCACCCUAUCCGGACGUCUUCAUUCUCCGUUUGGAUAUCUCUCUUCAAUCCACAUGCGGAGCCAACGUUCCGGUAGCUACCUCCACAACCAACCCCAGUCCAGUCAACAGGAAGUCACCGACAAACGACUUGAGUACUUCCAGUAACGCAUUUUCACGCCACAUGCGAUUGGGUGUGAGUGUGCGAGAGGCCAACUCGUCUCGAGCCUCCAAGUUGGCCGAUAAAUGUGACGGCGACCCGGAAAAGAUAGGCAAUCUGACAUUAGGUCGGGCUGACGAACUGUGGGCAGGAGCAGAUUCGGUCUAUGGCGGGAUUUUGGUCAAAGGCAUCAUUGAAGAUGGUGCAGCCCAUCGGGACGGACGACUUCGUGUUGGCGAUGAACUUCUUGAGGUGAAUGGUGUGUCCCUGGUGCACGUCAGCAACCCACUUGGGUUGUUGCGCUCGGUGCUCCGUCAUCUCACAUCACCUACGAAAGAGCCACAACAACAGGUGCCCACAACUACCUCAAAGUCAAGCGAGGCCGUGGACAAACAAGCCGCCGGCGAAUCUGCCCUAAUCCCCGUCGUGCAACUCUUGGUGGCCAGACAAACGCGACAUCGGAGAUCUGCAUCCGGACACACGGUAAGUCAACUCAUUGUUUAG